GAAGAUGUGAACCUGCAGCCCCUCCUCUUUGGGCUGUUCCUGUACAUGUACCUAGUGUGUGUUAUAGGGAACCUGCUCAUCAUCCUGGCCAUCAUCGCAGACUCCCACCUCCACACCCCCAUGUACUUCUUCCUCUCCAACCUGUCCUUCACGGACAUCUGUUUCACCUCCACCACAGUCCUCAAGAUGUUAGCGAACAUCCAGACGCAGAGCAAAGCCAUCACGUAUGAAGGCUGCCUUACUCAGAUGUAUUUUUUCAUGAUCUUUGCAGGACUAGAUAAUCUGUUACUGACAGUGAUGGCCUAUGACCGGUUCGUGGCCAUCUGUCAUCCCCUACGCUACACAGUCAUCAUGAACCCUCGCCUUUGUGGUCUCCUGCUUCUGCUUUCUUGGUUAAUCUUUGUCUCCUUGUUCUAUGGUGCAGGCCUUGGGGUCUACCUCACUUCUGGAACAGCCCAUCCCUCCAGAAAGGGUUCAGUAGCCUCGGUGAUGUACACGGUAGUCACCCCCAUGCUGAACCCCUUCAUCUACAGCCUGAGGAACAGGGACAUGAAGGGGGCUCUGAGGAGACUUUGCACUAGAGGAACUUAUUCUCAGUGA